GUUGACUAUACCCAACACCAAUUCACAGUGCCCUUCUCAGUCGCCAUGUUCGACUUCAACGGGAAGGUUUCAAGCAGCGGCAGGGUGGACCUCAGUGGCAGAGGCCGAAAAGGCGCUCGGACUGCUGAAGAGAGUCGUUCUGACUUUGUAAAGCGUCAGCACCAGGAGCGCGAGGCCCGCGAGCGGAAGAGGAUCCGAGAGGCAGCUGCCAAGAAGAUCCAGGCCGUGUACCGCGGGCACCGCUGCCGACGCCUGCAAGGGGCUGAGAAACGCCAGGUGUUCGACAAGCGCUACGCUGACAUCAGCAAGGUAAGCGGCGUGCUUCCGCCUCCGCAGAAGGCCAAAUUCGUUUUCCACGCGCUGGUGCCCAUGCUUCGGCUGUUCGCUCUCUUCUUCAGGAGAGACCAGGACGCGGACAGGCUCUCGGCCAUUGCCGAGCUCGUGCGGUUCUCCGGCGUACAGGCGGACGGCUGCAAUAUUUUCCGAAUUCUUCUCGUGGAGGACGAAGCGCCCAAAGAUGUGACGCAGAAAGGAGUCCUCGCGCUGCUGGAGAAGCUCUUUGCGGCGUUGCUGCUCUGCAAGAGGCAUGCAGAGGCCACGAAGCUUCUGCAAGCCUUGCAGCAGGUCUUGUUUUCACCGGGCCCAGAGUACAAGCCGUUGGGUGCGAAGUCGGGCCUGGUGGUGGCCCAGCUACUGCGAAGGACAGGCAUCGUUCAGGUGCUGCCCCCGCUCUGUGAGAAAGAACCCCUCCAGGCUGUUGACAUUGUCCAGCUUCUGUGCUGCGGCAUCGAGUCGGUGUCGCUGGGCACGGUGGAGGCCUCGCUGCGUGGCCGCCAGGAGCUUUUGGUGCAGCUGUUGUCAACCCCCGGGCUGGUGGACAGCCUUUGCCAGGAGGCUGCGCCCAGCACAGCCCUGCGACGCCUUUGCACUUUGCUGGUCCACACCGCCGGGGUGCUGGGAGGGCCACACACCGAAAGGUGCCAAGCGGAAGUCUUGGACAACGUGGCGGCUAUGCUGGAGCGCUUUGCGCUUCAGCAUGACGACAGCGGCAACCUCCUGUCCCUGCUCACCUGGCUUUCCUGGGCUAAGGAGCGAAUGGGCGACGAUGCGAAGAGCAGCGCGGCGGUGAGCCGCUUGCACCGCGGCGGCUUCGUUCGGAUGCUUCUGGCGGCCAUCGGCCGGGCGAGGGACGACGUGCUGCUGGCGGUGUGCCGCUUGUACUUCGCACCGUCAAGCGGCAUGGCAGAGGCAGAAGUUGAUCCUCCAUUGGAGGUGCUCCAGACCCUGGCCUUCGCCACGCCGCUGGCGGAGAGGCUCUUCCCCACCUUCCAGAACCUCAUGAGGAACUGCAGCGUGGAGGCGGUCUUCGACGCCCUGCAGCCCCCGGCCUUGGCGUCUUCCACAGCCAUCCGCCUCCGCGUCUUCUGCUCCGUGUAUGCCGUCCAGCUGCAGCCCAUGUACGACUACGAGUUCUUCGGGGAUGCCAACCCCCUGCGCUUGGAAGAGGUGCGAGAGUUGUUGCCAUUCCUGAACCGCUUAGCGUACCACUUUGUGACCUGGAUGCCUGACCAGGCAUCAUUGCUUCCAGCAGCAAAAGCCCUCCGCACCAGUCUCACCGCUUUGCUCAACUUGCUCUACCACCGGCAUCGGCGCAAGCCCAUCUUGGAGAGCGACAGCGCCUGGAUCAUCCCGGAGUCCCGGACGCUGUUGAGACGGGCGCCGAACUCUAUGAAUCUGGGCAGUGCUGCCCAGCCAGAGGAAGAGGAUGAAGAAGAGGAGGACGACCCCAUGGAGGUGGAUGAGGGCCGACAGGAGGCGCGAGAGAGAAGCGCGCCGGCCGGAAGCGCCACGAGCUCGCAGAGUCUGGCGGAGAAGGCGCUGCAGGCGGUGCUCGCGGAGAUGCCCCACGUGCUGCCCUUCGAGGACCGGGUCUCCAUCCUGCACAAUGCCAUCCUAGCCGAUCAGGAGGAGCGAAGGGCCUUCCGCGGCCCCUGGGGUCCUUCUGCCAUGGAGAAGCACCAGAUCCGCCGGAACUUCCUGGUGGAGGACGGCAUCGCCUCCUUCGAAGGCCUGGAGGACGAGCACGGCCUGCGGGACACCUUCCGCGUGGAGUUCAUCGCGCCGGACGGCACCCCGGAGAGCGGCGUGGACGGGGGCGGGCUCUUCAAGGAGUUCAUGGUGCACAUUUGCCGCGAGAUGUUCGACCCAGAGUUCGGCCUCUUCAGCGCCACGAGCGACCAUGCCCUCUACCCCUCCACCUCGGCCUUUGCCAAGUUCCCACAAGCCGCGGACUUGUACACGUUCCUGGGCAAGGUGGUGGGCAAGGCCAUCUAUGAGAUGUUCCUUUUGGAGCCACAGUUCAGCCGCGUCUUCCUGAACCGCCUGCUGGGCAGGAUCAACGAGGUGGACGAUAUUGCAGCGCUGGACAGGGAGCUUCACCGCAACAUGCUCCAGAUCAAGGAGUGCGAGGAUGUGGCAGCUCUGGGCAUCACCUUCAGCAUCUCAGUCACGGAGAAGGGGGUCCACAAGGACAUCGACCUCAUUCCCAAUGGCAGCAACACCAUAGUGACGAGAGAAAACCUCACGCGGUACCUGCACCUGAUGGCCAAUUACAGGACAAACGUGCAGUUCCAACGUCACACCCUGGCCUUCCUGAACGGAAUGCAGAAGGUCAUUCCCGUGACCUGGCUCAAGAUGUUCGAUCCUUAUGAGCUCAACACGCUCAUCUCCGGGUCCACCACUGGCUUCGACGUAAAAGACUUGCGUGCGAACACGGUGCUCUCGGGCGGCUAUCAGGACGACAGCCCUUGCGUCCGAUGGCUUUGGAGACUAUUGCAAGAAGACCUUGAGCCGGAAGACAUGGGCCGCUUCUUGAUGUUCACCACCUCCUGCAGCCGAGCGCCGCUGCUUGGGUUCCAGAAUUUGAACCCCAAGUUCUGCGUGCACCGGGUUCCGGACUCCGAGCGCCUGCCCACCAGCGCCACGUGUGCGAAUCUAUUGAAGCUCCCGGACUACGUGAGCUACGAAAGUCUGAAGACGAAGGUGCUUCAAGCCAUUCGCGCGGAGGCCGGCUUCGACCUGAGCUAAAGUGCGCCGGGUGAGUGCCGUGCGGCCUUUUGCUUGAAGCAGCCCCGUACCCGCAGAGAACGCGUGGCAAGCUCCAUUGGAUCCCAGGAGCCCAGCGAGUGCCGCCUGUUGAUUUUCUUGUUUUGGG